GCAGGUUGUCGUGAUCCAUUCACCUUACACCAUCUUCUUACUGAAAUUCACAAAUGGCUUCUGCUAUUGUUCGUAGAACCAUCACCCAUAGCUUCAAGAUCCCCUUUUCUUCUUCUUGGUGCUUCCACAAUCACUUACUGGCUCACCAUUCCUCAAUCCACAAGGCCGUGGAUGAACAACAUGAUGUUGUUUCCUUUCAUAGCCAAGCUUAUGGUGGUGGUGGUGGUGGAGGAGGAGGAGGAUUGCCAUCUUAUAUGCGUGGAGCUGUGUACUGGGAACCCAACAAGCCUCUCACCAUUGAGGAAUUCCACAUGCCUCGCCCCAAGGCUGGUGAAGUUCUCAUCAAAACCAAGGCCUGUGGAGUAUGCCACUCUGAUCUACAUGUUUUGAAAGGUGAAAUUCCUUUUUCCAGUCCUUGUGUUGUGGGGCAUGAGAUUACUGGUGAAGUUGUUGAACAUGGACCACACUAUGACGGCAAAAUCAUUGAAAGGCUUCCAGUUGGAUCUCGAGUUGUUGGGGCCUUCAUUAUGCCUUGUGGCAACUGCUCCUACUGUUCCAAGGGCCAUGAUGAUCUAUGUGAAGCUUUCUUUGCUUAUAACCGGGCAAAAGGAACCCUCUAUGAUGGUGAAACUCGUCUUUUUCUUCGAAGCAAUGGAAAACCAAUAUUCAUGUAUAGUAUGGGAGGGCUUGCAGAAUACUGUGUUGUGCCAGCAAAUGCAUUGGCUGUGUUACCAGACUCAUUGCCAUAUUCCGAGUCUGCAAUUCUAGGAUGUGCUGUUUUUACUGCUUAUGGUGCUAUGGCUCAUGCGGCUGAAGUGCGUCCUGGUGAUUCUGUUGCUGUUAUUGGAACUGGGGGUGUAGGAUCUAGUUGUUUGCAGAUAGCUAGAGCAUUUGGUGCCUCAGAUAUAAUUGCCGUGGAUGUUCAGGAUGAAAAACUACUGAAAGCAAAGACAUUUGGUGCUACUCACACUAUAAAUUCAGCAAAGGAAGAUCCCAUUGAAAAGAUAAUUGAAAUUACUGGUGGAAAGGGUGUUGACGUUGCUGUGGAAGCCUUGGGGAAACCACAGACAUUUGCUCAGUGCACACAAAGUGUGAAGGAUGGAGGAAAAGCCGUGAUGAUUGGACUGGCACAAGCUGGUUCUUUAGGAGAAGUGGAUAUAAAUCGUCUUGUUCGUAGAAAGAUACAAGUUAUUGGCUCAUACGGAGGCAGGGCGAGGCAAGAUCUUCCAAAGUUAAUUAGAUUGGCAGAAACAGGUAUCUUCAAUCUUGGACAUGCUGUUUCUAGAACAUACACCUUUGAGGAGGCAGGCAAAGCAUUCCAAGAUCUCAAUGAAGGAAAAAUUGUUGGUCGAGCUGUUAUUGAGAUAAUUUAGUUUUAUAUUCCAAACAAUUCUGCUUCCCACACUGCAGAAUUGUAAAUAUGCUUUGGAGUUGCAAGGCGUUGGUGCCCUGAGAACACAUAUAUACAUGUCUUCUGCUUUGUUUUGCUAUCCUC